AUGACGCAUUCUCAUGUCCCAAAGUUUGGCAAUUGGGACACUGACAACAUCCCAUACACAGUAUAUUUUGACAAUGCACGCAACAAAAAGGCCCUCAUAAAUCCGAACGACCCAGAAGAAAAUCCAGAGACCUUGAAUAUAUACCAAGGAGGAGUUGGAAAAAGUGAUGAAACAGUAAAUGCUUCUUCUCUUAUGCACUCCUAUAGUACAAGUUCUCUAGAGCAAAUAAGCCACGAUGAGGGGAGAAGCAAUACUAAACGCCACUCCCACCACAUGAGUAAGGGUAGCUGCGCGGCAGAGUCAGUCACAGGUAGUGAAAAAAGCAAUUCAGAUUACUCUGUGAUUGAGAGAGUGAUGUCAGAUUUCAGAGGCAGUUUCAUUGGUAGCUUCUCUUCAUCAAAUCAUAUUAAAGGAAGAGGUGGAAGCGAUUCCCUUAAUGACCAUGUGAACCACGAAGCGACACUAGUACCAGAAUUCGGUGCUUGGAAUGUCACAGACUCGAAAUCAGGAGAAGGAUAUACUGCUAUAUUCAGCGAAAUAAGAAAAGAAAAGCAAAUUGCAUCUGGUCGCAUGCCUAAUAAGACACCAUCACUAGACAACCGUUCUGACAUCAAUCAAUGUGGCAGACCUUCCUCCAUAUUAUCUAAGGUAACUGCUUCUGUUGUUUGUUUUCGAGUGAAAGCAAAUGAAGCCGGAUUGUCGUAUGCUCUGAGCACGGGUGCUCUCAACCUUUAA